AUGAUACGAACGAUACCGAGGAAUAUACAUCUCGACGCCAGACCUAGCGCGAAAAUCGCUAGGUCACUCGCCGUCGCCAGGCCUUCCAUCUUACAGAAACGAACUUAUGCUACCGAAGCUCAGCCACCAAGUAAGAAUGACCUGUUUGCCAAUGGUGGAAACACAUACUAUACCGAGGAGAUGUACCGACUUUGGAAACAAGAUCCAAAGGCCGUUCACUCUUCUUGGGCUGUUUACUUCUCUGGACUUGAUAAAGGUCUUCCAUCAUCUUCCGCUUACACCCCACCACCUGGAUUCAUCGGCGCUGCCAGUUCAGUACCUACAGCUGCCGAUGGUAGCCCAAAGAUGAAUGUGGAAGGUAGUGGAGAUGUAACCGAUUACCUCAAAGUCCAACUCCUCAUCAGAGCUUAUCAAGUCCGAGGACAUCAUAUCGCCAAUCUUGAUCCCCUUCACAUUUCUGACGCCGACCUCGACAGCCGUGUACCCCCCGAGUUAAAACUCGAAUACUACGGUUGGACAGAGGCAGACCUGAAAAAGGAAUUCAAACUCAGUGAUGGUAUCCUUCCUCGAUUCAAGGGAUCGGUAGAGAGUGAUAAACUGACUCUGGGUCAGAUCAUCGAGGAGUUAAAGAGGAUGUACUGUACCCACGUUGGUGUGCAAUACGUCCACAUCGUCGACAGAGGACAAUGUGACUGGUUGAGAGAACGAGUAGAAAUUCCCGUACAAUGGAACUACACCACUGAGGAAAAGAGAAUGAUCCUCGAUCGAUUGAUGUGGUCUGAACUUUUCGAGAAAUUCAUUGCUUCAAAAUACCCCAACGAAAAGAGAUUCGGUUUAGAAGGCUGUGAAUCCUUGAUCCCCGGUAUGAAAGCCUUAAUAGAUCGAUCAGUCGACUCCGGUGUGAAAUCAAUUGUCAUGGGUAUGCCUCAUAGAGGUCGACUUAACGUUCUCGGAAACGUGAUCAGGAAACCUAUCGAAGCCAUCUUGAACGAAUUCGCCAACACCGACAAAGAUGAUACUGGUGGUGGUGAUGUCAAAUACCACUUGGGAGCCAACUAUGUUCGACCCACACCCAGUGGAAAGAAAGUAUCCCUUUCCCUUGUCGCCAACCCUUCUCAUUUGGAGGCUGAGGAUCCUGUCGUGCUUGGUAAGACCCGAGCUAUCCAGCAUUUCGAGGGUGACGAAGGAACCGGUGAUUCAGCUAUGGGUGUCUUGCUCCAUGGUGAUGCUGCUUUCGCUGGUCAAGGUGUUGUUUACGAGACCACCGGUAUGCAAGGUCUCCCCAACUACGGUACUGGUGGUACCGUUCAUUUGAUCGUUAACAACCAAAUCGGUUUCACCACCGACCCUCGAUUCGCUCGAUCAACUCCCUACCCAUCUGAUAUCGCUAAAUCCAUCGAUGCCCCUAUCUUCCACGUUAACGGUGACGAUGUAGAAGCCGUCAACUACGUCUGUACCCUUGCUGCCGACUGGAGAGCCAAGUUCAAGAAGGACGUGGUCGUCGACAUCGUUUGUUACAGAAGAUACGGUCACAACGAAACCGAUCAACCUUCAUUUACUCAACCCAAGAUGUACAAGGCCAUUCAGAAACAACCUACCGUCUUGUCCAUUUACACCGACAAGUUGAUCAAGGAAGGUACCUUCACCGAGAAGGAGAUUGACGAGCACCGACAAUGGGUUUGGGGUAUGUUGGAGAAAGCUUACGAUGGAUCUAAAGAUUACAAACCAUCCGCCCGAGAAUGGCUCUCAUCGUCAUGGGAAGGUUUCCCUACACCCAAGGAACUUGCCGAGAACGUCCUUCCCCACUUGCCCACCGGAACUGAAGAAGAAACCCUCAAGAAGAUUGGAGAUGUCAUCUCGUCAUUCCCUGAAGGUUUCACUCCUCACAAGAACCUUGCUAGAAUUAUCGCUACUAGAGGAAAGUCUGUUGCCGAGGGUAAAAACAUUGAUUGGUCGACUGCUGAAGCUUUGGCGUUCGGUGCUUUGUGCCUCGAGGGAACACACGUUAGAAUUUCAGGUCAAGAUGUCGAGAGAGGUACUUUCUCACAGAGACAUGCUGUCGUUCACGAUCAAGAGAACGAACAGACUUACGUCGCAUUGAAACACCUCGGUGGCGAACAAGGGUCAUUCACCGUCUGUAACUCGCAUUUGUCCGAAUUUGGUACUUUAGGUUUCGAACUGGGUUAUUCAUUGGUAUCACCUAACAGUUUGACCAUCUGGGAAGCUCAAUUCGGUGAUUUCGCCAACAACGCCCAGUGUAUCAUUGAUCAAUUCAUUGCAUCCGGUGAAAGGAAAUGGUUACAACGAACUGGUUUAGUGCUCUCCUUACCCCACGGUUACGAUGGUCAAGGUCCUGAACACUCGUCAGGUAGAAUUGAACGAUUCUUACAGCUCUGUGAUGACGAACCUAGAAUUUACCCAUCCGCUGAGAAACUGGAUAGACAACAUCAGGAUUGCAAUAUGCAAAUUGUUUACCCAACUACCCCCGCGAACUACUUCCACGUAUUGAGACGACAAAUAAAGCGAGAUUUCCGAAAGCCUCUCGUUGUGUUCUUCUCUAAAUCUCUCUUGCGACACCCACAAGCUCGAUCGUCUCUCGAGGAAAUGACCGGUGACAGUGUCUUCCAAAGAUACUUGCCUGAACCUCAUCCCGAAAACUUGGUCGAACCGGAGAAGAUUCGAAGACACGUCUUGUGUACUGGUCAGGUUUACUUCCAAUUGCUGAAGGAGCGUGAAGACAAGGGUAUAAAUGAUGUUGCCAUCUCGAGAAUCGAACAAUUGUCACCUUUACCUUACGACUUGUUGACUCCUCAUUUGGAUAAAUACCCUAACGCCGAUGUCGUCUGGGCCCAAGAGGAGCCUCUCAACAACGGUGCUUGGACAUACGUUCAACCGCGAUUGAUCACCGCGUUGAAAGAGACCCAACAUCACGUUGGUAAGGUCCCUAUCUACGCCGGUAGGAAACCUUCCUCAUCAGUUGCUACCGGUAACAAGAACGCGCACAAGAAGGAGAUUGAGAUGAUCAACGAGAUGGCUUUUGCUUCUGCUGAAGAAUCGCAAUAA